GGUGUUCCCGUGAGAAUUCGGCACGAUAUCGGAUGGAACACGAUGCAAGAGGACUUGUUUCGCGAAUUUUUCGCACGAGCUGUGUGACGGUGUGUGGCUGGAGCACGGAUUUUAGAAAAGUGGACGUAGUACCUCGAUGCCAACUUUAUUUUUAAACCCUUUGAAAGCCGCAGUUGAAUGGGAGACCCGCGUCACGGAGCAGAGAUAUUUUAUUAUAUCUGAAUGGAGGAAGCGGUCUCGCGCUUUGGGAAGGAAGAUAUCGAGAGAUUCAAAGGAAGCAAACCUACGAUGAAAAGGAGGAUCACAGUGGAAUUUCUUUUGUUCGUUUAUUAAUUAAUCCGCUUUCCAUUGUUCGUCCUACUCGAUAAGCGUUUGGCUCGACAACUUCGAGUGUGCUUUCGAACGCAAUCCGAGAUCAUUCUGUCCGUGGUACAGCGAGGAACGCGAAGAUGUAGCUCGAUCAGCCGCCAUCAACCGCGUGACCAUCAAGAAUCGAAUGCCACCGCAGUAACAGUGGACAUACUUGGUCUAUAAUUAAACUAUAUAAUGCUGACAGUGUACCCUAGCGCGAAUUCGCUAUCGCGUACCAGUUGAACACCUGAGCGAGAACCUCCCGUUCGUCUGUCGUUCGAUGCCUGCCAAAAGGACAGUCGACUGAACGUCUAAACGUGGGGGGCAGGUUAUCGGUGUAAAAGAGAAAGAGAAAAAGAGGGAAUCGAAUAAUGGGGGGACACACGGAGAGCGCGAGGAUCGCGUGGACAGUGGCUCGACUUCCGUCGUGGCCGUGGAGAACGAGAUUCUUGGGCCAGCUGGCCUGAGAUAUGCCAGCAGCAGCAGGCUCGGUGAUCACGGAAGCAUCCUCAACGAUAUCGUCGUCAUCGCCAUCAUCGUCAUCGAGGCUCAGAACGGAAACGGCGGCGUCGAGGUCUGGGGGUGUCGCUGGCCGACAGCUGGCGAUAGAAAUCGAGACGAUCGAGCGCCGGGUCUGCGCGACCCGACGCGACCUCUUCGUCCCCGUGACCGUGGAUCCACGGCCCAGCCGGGCCGUCCACUGUCCGGACUUAAACGCCUGUCUGGUGAACGAGACCCGAUCCGGCCUGGACCAGGUCGACUGUCAGGCGAUUCACUUUGGAUACGCGAUCCCGGUGAACGUGGUACCCCUCGAGACCGAUCCACGGCUCGCCGAGCUUGUCUUGGACCACUCGACCGAGUUAAGCAGACGCGCCGCGAGCUUCUUGCUUGAGCACCAUCCCCAGCUGCGUCAGCAACGGCAGACACAGCAGGAACGCUGCUCAAGCAUGGCAGCCACCGCGAAGCACGACCUUCAUCAGAAGUUCCCAACGGACACCUCGACGUCCGGUGACGAGGACAUCGCAGCGAUCGCGAAACAGAUCAGCGACCACGCGGAGGCGAUUUAUCAGACAUGGAAGAGUCGUGGAUUGGCUCCUACCGAGAUCUUGAACUGUCAUAGCAAUGCUACGGCAGCGGACAAGUUUGGAAGUGCCCUUACGCCAACUUCCACGUCGAACAGUGCUAGCAGCAACGGAAAAGGUAGUCCGACCAAUGCUACCGCUGCCACAGCGGUGGAUAUCUUGAGCCAAACGCCGAACCUGGAUAACGGGAAUUUGGAGAAGCUCGUGAACAAUUUCGUAGUGGAGGAUAAGGCUAGGAUAGCCGCGUCGAGGCAGAGAUCGCCGUCGAAGACUCUGCCUUCGUCGAUUCAAUUCGCGUUGGAAAAGUUCGAGAAGAACUCGAUGCAGCAGCAACAGCAGCCGCAGACGUCUCCCCUGAAGAAUAGCAACGUCGGUAGUCAAGUAAAGACGAAGCAGGGGACCGUGUUGCUGUCUCCGACGUCCCCCUUCGCGAACAAACCUUCGCAGAUAGUGAAGCCUCAGGUGUCCACAAAGACUCCCGGUGCUCACCAUCGGGAAGUAUUUCUGGAGACCAUAGAGACCACUUUCCCGGCGGAUAUAACGCCAUCGAAGAUCGUCGUGCAACAAAAGAGGCCAGCGAGUACGGUGAUUACCUCCCCUACCGCUCCGAAUCUCGACGAUCCUUCGACGAAUUCGGGGCUCACCACGUGGCCACUGAAAAAUAAGUUGAACGACAGUAAAAGAGUGACAGACCCUUCCAGAUCCGCUCAGCAGGAAGGUAAAUUGUUGACGAGUAAAGAGGAGAAAAGGAACAGUGGCUCGAAUUCGAGCGCCUACCUCGACGAGGUUGCUCGCGAGGAGGAAAGACUGAUAAAUGCUCUGAAGACGGGCUCAGUGAUCACGGAAGAGCCCACGGAGCGGACGGUGCCUCUGACUCGCCAGAAACCGGCGAUAAAGAGGGAGAAACCGAAGGUGGAGCCUGUUAAACCGAUAAUCAUCGGUCAUAAUCAUCAUGGAGGCGGUCUCGUGCCCACUUCCGCUACUAUGGUGAACAGUGUCGCGUCUACGACACCUGGGAGCAAUAUAAGUGCCACGUCAGACGCGAAAUCUCUGAGCAAGGACGAUUUAUCCAACAUGUCCGUGGUGGAUUACGCGAAAGUCAGAUACAGGGCGGCUCAGCAGAAUCCUCCGACCCAACAGAGGCUGGAGGAGCAGAGGACGAACAACAGCUUCAAUUCCACGGAACAGCUGGUGUCGACCACGAGGUCCAAGUUCGAAACGGAGAUACAAAAGGACAAAGAAGCUAAUAAAGAGGAUAAGGAUCCCGUGACCUCUAGAUGGGGGCCUAGGAUCAAUUCUCCUAGGCCAAGAAUCGAACAAGUGCCGCAUCCGGAACUGACCACGCAACAGAAGCAGCAUAUAAGAGCCGCAGCUGCAACUGGAACCGGAAACAAUCCCAUCAGACCGUUUCUGACCAGGGGAUCCGUCGCGGAACGCGUUCUCAUCUUCGAGAAGUGUCCGAGCGAACUGUUGCUCGACAAACGGGGGCCACGGCAACCGGCUAUCAACACUUGGAGGACCGGACACGAGGUUCAGAACAAGGCUCAGACGUACGCGAAAGACAAGACACAGCAAAAGAGCUUGCCACCGCACACGACACUCCAGAGGCACGUGAAAGCGAACAGAAACGUUCACAUACCACGAUUUUACUUUCCCGGGGGGAAGCCUUUGCCGCUCUCGCAAGUCGAGGCAACCAUCUCGAGGAUCACCGCUGCUUUUCAAGGUCUACCUGGUCAUCAUGCUUCUCGAGCCCAAUUUCACAGCAUCACCAAGGCAUGCGAUUUGCCGCUCUACUGGAAGGUGCCGCUUUUCCUCGCGGCCGGAGGAGACCAGACCGACUACGUUGAGAUGAACGCGUUCCUUGAUUUCUGGAAAGAAAUAUCGAACACCCACCACGACGCGGCGAGCAAGUUUAUCCGAAUCACAACUCGGGGCCAGAGGAACAAUAUACUGCCGGAGGAUUUGAUCCCGCUGGUGCAAGACGUGGUCGAGACCCAUCCCGGUUUAACUUUCCUCAAAGAGGCUACUGAGUUCCAUUCACGCUACGUACACACGGUGAUCGCCAGGAUAUUCUACUGCGUUAAUCGAAGCUGGAGCGGAAGGAUCUCCGUGGCGGAGCUGCGAAGGAGCAAUCUGCUGUCAGUGAUCGCGAUCCUCGAGCAUGAAGAGGACAUCAAUCAAGUGACCGCUUACUUCAGCUACGAGCAUUUCUAUGUGAUCUACUGUAAAUUCUGGGAACUCGAUCGAGAUCACGAUCUCUUUAUCGAUAAGACAGACCUUACAAAGCACAAUGACCACGCUCUUUCCAAGCGAAUGAUCGCGAGAAUAUUCAGCGGUGCAGUGACCAGGGGUGGUGUGAAAAGCGGAAACGGCGUUCAACAACCCCAAGAUAAAAUGAGUUACACGGAAUUCGUGUGGUUCUUGUUAAGCGAAGAGGACAAAAACCAUCCGACCGCUAUUGAGUAUUGGUUCAGGUGCAUGGAUCUCGAUGGCGAUGGAUAUUUGUCGAUGUACGAAUUGGAAUAUUUUUACGAGGAGCAGUUGCAUCGCAUGGAGGCAAUUGGACUGGAGACGUUGCCCUUCGAGGAUUGCCUUUGCCAGAUGUUAGAUAUGAUCAAACCAGCGACGCCAGGGAAGAUAUCUCUGAGUGACUUAAAGAAGUGUAAAAUGACCUCGAUCUUUUUUGACACCUUCUUCAAUCUCGAGAAGUACUUGGAUCACGAACAGAGAGAUCCCUUUGCAUCUGCCAGGGAACACGACCCUGACGGUCACGAGCUGUCGGAUUGGGACCGAUUCGCCGCAGAGGAAUAUGAACUGUUGGUCACCGAAGAGAGUGGUAAUGAAUUCUGUGAAUGAACGAAUGCUGUGUGAUGAUGAAUUGUAACCAUCAUCUGCAGCUUAGUCAAACGAUUCCAUGUCGGAGGACGCGUUUUCCCAAAAUCUGGAAAUCCUGGAUGAUGAAUUCGUGGACAUGCU